AAGAGGAAUUAAAAAGAAGCCGAAGAAGAUUAGAACGAUUGCUUCGAAUUUAAUAUCUUAACUUUCGGGAAGUUUUAGGUAUUUUUCUCUACAAAUAAAAGCAGGUUGUCAUCCGUUCUGAAUUGAAUAAGUAUGUUUUAGCUAUGCUUGUACUAAAAAGUUAGCGUAAGCUUUCGUGGAAGCUCUUAGUUGACUGUUAGCUUAGCUGCGGCGUGCUGCUCCUUUUGUUCGUCUUUUUGCUCUUUGUUCAUUCCGGAUCUGCCGUUCAGGAAUAAUUUAGAAAAUGCAAAUCGCGAAAAAGUACUUCACAGAAAGCCUGAUCCAGUUGACGAUCUUACUCAGUUUGAUUGGCGUUCGCGUGGAUAUUGACAGCUACUUAAACGGCUUUUAUCCGCCUGUGUUGGACAUUGAUGUGGGUCCCAGCUCAGCCUACAUCCAGACAUCCUUUCAUAGCUUGAGAGACACUCUUGAUGGCUACACUGUUCAUCCCAAAUGUCCUGAGUUGGACUAUUUCUUUGCCAGUCGCCGGUUAUUAGAGGAGGUGCGAACUCUUGGUUCUCCCCGGUUUCCCACGCAGCUGAACGCAUGGCUGGUCCACCAUGUGUCUGCUGCCAACGGCAACGAGAGCAGGCAGCCUUCAGCCAGCAACAGCAACGACACUGGCUCUGAGGCGGAAGAUCAACAGAAAGAUAACGAUCAACAGAUGCCCGAAUGUGGCCCAGAAAAGUGCCAAACGGCCCCCCAGCCGGGACAAGGGCCUUGCAACUGUGGAGCUUGCAUUUUUCUAAAAAAGGAUGACGAUGAUAAUGAUGAUGAUAUUCAAGAGAAGGAACCUGCUUCACCCAAUCAGCUGGCUCACAGUUCUACACUAGAACAAGAGAUUCUGGUUGAUGGUCUCACUGCACUGACUGAUUCAACACUUCCUCAUCCACUGACCACUGACAUCUACCAGCACUUGAGCCAUUUACUCUCUCUGUCUGUCUCUGACCUUGAGGACUUGGACUCCCUCGUUACUGACAUGGAUGCCACCGGUGCCAUCAGCCAGGAUGUCAGUUUGCGUGAUGCUAUGAUAACCAGCGACAGAGUGUUGACAUCAGAGAGAGUUGCGGUCAGACCAGUCAGUCAGCAACAAGUAGAUGUCUCCAGACGGGAAUCCAGUGACACCUCCCACUCAGACCCAGAGAUGGCUCUGGGCCCGGCUGCAGUCCCUUUUCCAUCCGUGUGUAAUUUAACUGAGAAUGUGACAUCACAAUGUACACUCAGCGGUUGUCUGGAUGAGGCUGUGUUUGAUCAGAUCAAUCAGCUUUGUUUGGACAACUUGGACACUAUGGAUGUCCAGUUGCUGGGCUGUCUGGGAAGCACAGACCCACAAGCUCUGGCGGAUGUGGAGUCAGACUCUGGUCUGUCGUUGGAGAGCAGCUCUGGAGGCCCCGUCUCUCCAGACACGUCUGAGAUCUCAUUUUCCAGUUCUUCCUGUGAGGACGAGUGUGGCGCGACAGGCUACAGCAGUGAGGUAGACUCAUUGUCUUCCAAAGGUAUUGUGGACCACGCUUGGAGGACACCUAUGGAUCCAAGUCACAGUGUGUGGCACGACCAUAGUUACUCCUCUUCUACAUUCCUCCAUUGGCCACCAGUAACGUUUCCACACAAAAGAAUCAAAGAUGAACCUCUCAGCGAUGAAGAAGGUCCAAAGCUGGAAGAGGGGGACCUGAGUCGAGACGAGAUGCUUGCCCGUGCGAUGUCCAUCCCAUUCUCUGCUCUGCAGAUCGUCAACAUGCCUGUUGAGGAGUUCUUGGAGGUCCUCGAAGGUCACGCUUUCUCCUCUGAGCAGGUGACACUCCUACGGGACAUCCGUAGACGGGGAAAGAACAAACUGGCAGCGCAGAAUUGCCGCAAGCGCAAAUUAGAUGCCAUCAUAGGACUCCAGGAGGAGGUAGUAAGGCUGCAAGCUGCAAGAAAUGAGAUGGUUAAGGAGAAACACCUCACAGUCAAGACAAUGGGUGCCAUAGGUCAGCAGAUCCAGCGGCUCACAAGAGACAUUUUGGCCCGGAUGAGGGAUGAUUCAGGGCAGCCUCUGGACCCAGAAAGGUUCACCCUGCAGUGCAGGGCUAACGGGAGGGUUGUGGUUCAGCCUCUAAGGCGGCCUGCUGUGUCCACAUCCAGUGGCAACAAAACAGAGGAACCGAAGAAAGACAAAAAGCAGUGACGGUAUGUUGCCAGGUUGGACUUGAACAUUUAGGUCCUACUUGACUGACAGGUUUUAGAUUAUUAUUUUUGUGUGUAUAAGUGUGGAUUUUUUUAGAUGAAAAACUGUAAAAAAGUGCUCAGAGAGCACAGGGACACCCACAUUUCCAAGUACCGGGCAUGUCGAGAAAAUGGUACAUGUGCUUUAAAGCAGUCAAAUUCACAAACAGUAAAAAAGCUGAACUCUUUUCCAUAAAAUUAGCCUUUUUUAUGGUAUAUUAGCAUGGGGCUGGAAAUUUGACCCUCAUCGUUGAUCGAUCGUAACCAAAGUCAAGUCACGGCUUCCCACUCGUAGGUCCAAUGUAGCAGCCAAGUUUGAUUAAAAUUUAUGUUGUUUUGCUAAAAUACAAACAAACUGAUGAAGGCAAUCGCUCACAAGAGCUUACAGUGGCGUUACCACACCUCCCCCAAACUGUAGCUUAUACACUGGACUUGUAUAUAUACGCACAAGGCAGUGGGGGGUUUAAAAGGGAACAGCUAACUGCUAAUAAAACUUCAUCUCCAGUUUUGUUCGAAUUAACACUGUAAAGUCUCUGCAUUUUUACAGAUAAAGACAGCCAGAGUCCACGUGUAAAAUUUGAACUGCUGUUCCCGUGUGGUUUUUCCAUUGAGUGUGUAAGUUGGAGGUGAAAGAUUUUAUUUAUUAAAGUUUUUGAUGUUGCUGAAAUGCUUGUAUGCUUCAUGGAACUAUAAAGAACAUUUUCCCCCAGAAUAUGUUUACAUAGUUUGCUGUUUGUUUGAAAUAAAACCUAACAUGUUCAUUUUU